ACAAUAAUUCUUGAGUGAAUAUGUGGCGCAGUUGUGCAGUAAACACACACUACGCAUUGUUGUGGGGCUGCAAACUGCAAACCCCCCCUGCACCACGGAGCGACAGCAACCAGCCUGCCAGCUGAGUUGGCGCUGUGUUGGAGUGUGUGUGUGUGUGUGCUGUGGCUGUGGUGUACAGUAGCAUGGCAGACUGCAGUAAAUACACUGUUGAAGAGGCGGGGUUUGACAUCUCAGCUCUGAAAACAUCUCUAAUCCAGUAUUUCAGGUGCCGAAGUCGACCGAGCGGGCAGUGCUGCUGCUCACUACCGCCGCGCAUCCGCGAACUGAGAGAGAGAGAAAAAACACCACAACCCCGGAAUAUAUCGCAAGUGGACGGAGGAGGAAGAGGCGGCUGCUGCUGCUGCUGCUGUGUCCGAAGUGAGAUUUCCCGAAAGAGAGAGAGGAGAAUAAAGAAGUCGGAGGGGAGUGAAGUUUGUGUGCUCCGCGAACACUUUAGUUGUGUGUGUUGGUAGUUUCCAGCAGUGUGUCUCUGCCGUCAACUCCGGCGGCUCCACAGUUUCUUCUCCACCCGAAACUCGACCAGCGAAACAGACUUCUAACUUCCAGCUGGAGGAUAUCACCACGCUUUUUAUUUUCCCUCCUCUCAGUAACUCACCCCUGUGAUAAGACCACCACCCACCCACCCUGAGCACCAGACUUCAGCCCCCAUGUGAGCACAGUGGUGAUGAAGCAAGUGAGAUCAUCAGCCCUGUAAAGCCCCACGAUCACUCAUCCUUUAUGUGGAUGGUUGUGGAACAUUUCCUUCAGGACCUACAUGGUGAUCUGACUGUGGAUGAUCCUCCGACAGGGGACAGUUGACUGCAGCUGAAUAUCCUCAAUUGCAUCAGGACCAUGUGGCAACAUUUGCUUACAGGGGUCCUCAAGUCCUUAUAAAGCUGUUGUGAAGCUUUGUGCAGAGCCAUCGAGACAACAAGAUGACUGAGGUGUGUUCCACCACAGUCAAAACGCACUUUAUCAGAAGUAUCAGAUCCUUGAUCGUCAGAGGCUUUCCAAAACAAAGACUACUUGGAGUGUAAUUUUUUUGUGUUGAUUUUUUUUUUUUUUUUUUUUUGCAAAAGCCUAAAAUUAGCAGACAAAUUAGAAGGACCUUCUCAUGAGCUGUGGAACUGGACUAGAGGCCCAUGUGUAGCAGGGCAGCUGUAGCAGCUAGUGGAAUAACUUAGCCCCGGACUGUUGGGAAGUCACUCCUCCAGGGGGCAAAGGGAUCUGAUCCCAGUACCAGUCCCCCCCCGCCCGCCUCUCCUGUCCUCAUCUGACUAUCCCACCUGUCUAAAGGCAGACCCAACUAUCCAAUGGCAUGGGUGAAGUUCUUCAGGAAGCCGGGGGGCAAUCUGGGGAAAUCGUACCAGCCGGGGAGCAUGCUGUCUCUGGCCCCCACCAAGGGACUGCUGAACGAGCCGGGCCAGAACAGCUGCUUCCUCAACAGUGCUGUGCAGGUACUAUGGCAGCUGGACAUCUUCAGACGCAGCUUGAGGCAGCUACCUGGACACUUCUGUCUUGGAGAAUCGUGCAUCUUUUGUGCAUUAAAGGGUAUUUUCUCCCAGUUCCAGCACAGUCGGGAGCGCGCCCUGCCCUCUGACAACCUGCGUCACGCCUUGGCAGAGACCUUUAAGGACGAGCAGCGCUUCCAGCUGGGCUUCAUGGACGAUGCCGCAGAGUGCUUUGAGAACAUACUGGAGAGGAUCCACCUGCACAUUGUGCCGGAGGAAACGGAUGCCUGCACUUCAAAGUCUUGCAUCACGCAUCAGAAGUUCGCCAUGUCACUUUAUGAGCAGUCUGUGUGCCGUAGCUGUGGGGCAUCCUCCGACCCACUGCCGUUUACAGAGCUGGUGCAUUAUGUCUCCACCACCGCACUCUGUCAACAGAUGCUUCAACGCAGACACGAGUCAUUUGGGGAGCUGUUACAAACAGCAAGUACGAUAGGGGACCUUCGGAACUGUCCAAGCAACUGUGGGCAGAGGAUUAGGAUCAGACGGGUCCUCAUGAACUCCCCCGAGAUUGUUACCAUAGGCUUCGUCUGGGACUCUGACCAGUCAGACCUCACAGAGGAUGUUAUCAAAUCUCUGGGGUCUCAUCUCAGUCUUUCUGCGCUCUUCUACAGGGUGACAGAUGAGCAUGCCAAAAAGGGAGAGCUGCAGCUCGUGGGGAUGAUCUGCUACUCCAGCCGCCACUACUGUGCCUUCGCCUUCCACACCAAGUCCUCCAAGUGGGUCUUCUUUGAUGACGCUACAGUGAAAGAGGUCAGCUCCAGGUGGAAAGACGUGGUCAGCAAAUGUAUUAAAGAUCACUUCCAGCCUCUGCUCCUUUUUUACGCCAACCCGGAUGGCAGUGCUAUCACCGCAGACGAUGCCUCAAGACAGAACAGCAGCCAGUCGAACUACAAGGCCCCUGUUAAUGGAGAAGUACAAGGCUUUGAAUCUCCAGUUUCAGCCCCCAAGAAGCUGGACCUCACCAAGGAGAAUCUGAACACUCUGUUGGGUCAAGGCUCUUUCAAGCAGAAGACACCUUCAACCUUAAGCAGGGGCAGCGCUCAGACAAGUGGAGGACGGGGCCCAGUGAAAAUCACCAGCGAUCCCAAGAGUCGCAUCAGGGACAUUUCUCGAGAAGUUGCCCAGAAAGCAGGAGAGAUGCGAGGGAUGCAUACGUCCAGAAGGGAGCAUGACAGGAGCGGCCAACGGAGGCAGGAGUCACGCCACAGAGCAGAUCCAGGCCAGGACAGGACCUACUCCCGCUCCGCCUCCCCUCCAGAGAACGGCUUCAAACAACACCUGGAAAGCCGACUGUACAGCAGCCAAGGAAAAGGUCCCACUCGGACUGAGCGAACACCAUACCUCGGUGGACGCUCCUCACAUGAGCCCCCUCGCUCUCAUUCGAGGGUCCAAGGGUUGCCCAACAUGCCCAAUAACAGCGGUGGUCAUCGCAGCCGAAGAUUAGACCAGCAGUCCAACGGGUAUGACACCGACAGCAGCCAAGACUCCCGAGAGCGUCCUGGAAGUGGAGGGAACGGCCGCAGCAGAUCGAGCCGCCCAUGGAAACCCAUGCGUGAAGCGCUAAAUGUCGACAGUGUUUUAAGUGGCAGUAGUGGUAAUUUGGCAAGUCAAGAGCGAAGACAGCACAGCCCGCGGAGGAGACCCAGUAGUCAGUCACCCUCUCGUGACCGUGAGCGAGACAGAGAUUUUACGUGGGGAGGCCGAGAGGAACGUAAACCCAAGAGCCUAAUGACAAUCUAUGAGGAUGAGCAGAGGCACGAAACAGGCGGCAGUCGCAGCUCGCUGGACUCGGACAGCCGGGGCGGCUACAGUGACAAAGACUGGUCAAAGGGCUCAGCAACUCUAAAAGUGCGCAAUGACAACUGGAAGAUCCAGAGAACUGAAUCUGGAUAUGAAAGUAGUGAUAGACUAAGCAAUGGCUCAGCAAAUCUCGACUCACCUGUGGUGGAGAACCUUUCUUCCAAGGACCUGAGGCCCAUACCUGAGCUGCACCUGACAAGGGAUCACUUCCCUCAGAGAAGAAGUGAUGAUUCGAAGGCUGACAUAUUGCACUCUACAUUUUCCACUGGUGAACAAGGAAGAAAAUCUCCAGAUCUUCAAGACCCACACAUCCUCUCUGGUCAACCAAUACAGAGAAGAAGAGCCUUCCGAUACACUCCCGGGAUCUUGGAAAAGAACAACGGUCUGGACAGCGGACAAGAAGAAAAUGUGGAUGGCAGCCCUGUGAGCCCUGGGCCUCCGUACUUCGCCAAGACCAGCAGUUCUGAGUGGAACAGCUCAGACGACCUCACUGGACCUUUCUCCGAACAAGAAGAGACUGGCACUGUUGGCCACAAUGACCCUUUCUCGCACAACUAUCCCCCACCUAUACCCCCAAAGAACUUUGGCAGCAGUCACGCUGACCUAUCUGGCAUCCACGCCCAUCCACCCGAGGUGCCAACACGGUCGAGCCCCCGCAACGAACCCAACAAUGGCAUGUCCCCCCUUUCGCACACCAUCCUCCGUCGGUGGAUCGAGACACCUGCUGAGCACAGGCUAUCAUCGGACGCCAGCUCCAAGUCGGGGUCAUCGGACCAGGACAGGAACGAUCUAUCGGCCAGCGAGAGUGACGAGAGGUUACCGAGUCCAAAGCCAGGACACGAUGACGGUACAGAGCCCGGUCUGACAGAUAUGGUUCUUCCCACCACAUACUUUUCUGUGGAUAACUGUAUGACAGACACUUACCGGGCCAAAUACCAUAAGAGGCCUGUCUUGUACAUGAAGGCAGAGGACCAUACGUCAUCGGGGGAGAGUGAUAUUGAAGGGAGGGGGCUCCCUUUGCCAGAUGUUCACCCACCAGAGCUUUCCAAAAGCAGAUCAGAAUCAGGAUACUCUACUACUAAGACUACUGCAAAGUGGAACCCAGUUACUCCAAAAGGACUUGAUGAGCAUGGGUUCCUAUGAUUUAUAGAAAAAGCAUCAACACACCUUGUAUGAUCCAGUGAUUGGAAGCCAAAAAGAACUGUUAUACACUAUGACUGCUACACAGUUUGAGUCCUUCUAACUGGGAUGUAAAUGUAUGUCAUAACGUUAAGUUGGACGUGAACCUGGAUGCCAAAGAGAUUGUAAAAAGAAUGGCAGGUGUCGUGGAGAGCUUCCUUGCUGUUUUGGUGUGAGCUGCUUAAAGCUUUGAAUGAAUAGUGAAUUUGCACAGUAGAGAGCAGGUACAGAGAUUUGCCCUUGAUCAUGUUCAGAGCUCUGAAGCGAGGGGUUGGGUAAGUAAAGAAUGUUUCACAAAAAAGCCACUUUACUACGCAAGAGAUUAUUUUACAAGAAGAAACAACCAACGUCUUGCAGUUCUACUCUCUCUCACGUCUUGGAAUGCUUUUUUAACUUCUCCCAUUUCAGUGCUAUGAGGUGUCAGCCCCGAUCUGAUCUUGACCAAAAAUAUUUUUGUUUCACUGGGUUUUAAAUGUUCUAAUAUUCAGAACAUGUUUUUCAUUAUUUUCCGAUGGUAAUUCAACACAUCGGGCGACCUGUUGGCACAACUUUAAAAUGGAUCCCACGGAUCCGUGUGAAUAUGAAGCUCUAGGACACCUUUUUGUGACACUGUUAAAGGGUAACUUUUGUAUCUGUCAACCUCGACCUUAUUUUCCCAUGUUUUUGUGUAACUAAUGGCAACAAUUUCUGAAAUUGGUCCAGUAUUGAGUGAGAAACGUGCUGUGAUGUAAUCCCUGUGGCCAAUUGAGCACCGACAAAGCAUGUCCACUUAAAGUGCUUGUUUUUCCCACAUUGUUACUCUGUCUGGUAACAUUGUGGAAAUUACCCUACAGAGAUAAACCUUUUUGUUAAAGACUAAGAUUCUUUUUGUUUAACCAGAAACAGCUGCUAUCACUCUCACCAGAGCCACUGGAGUACAUUUAGAGGAACAGUAAUUUCAUAGUUGUAGAACACACAAAAUAAAAACCGUUUGUGUGUGUGGAGUUUUUAUUUAAUUUAAUUUUUAAAAAAAACAUCUAACCAAGUGAAUUAAUGAAAGUGUGUUUUUUCACACAGGAUCCUUUUCUUUAACAAAUAGAUUGUGUUCCUUCACUGAAAGACGUAAACCUGAAAGAUGUUGAUUUGUCACUGGGAUACAAAAGCAUGGGAGAAAAGGGUCCAGACUGAAAAAAGCUGGCGUUACCCUUUGAGGAGGGGAAACUUACAACCUCAGAUUGUUGUUGGUACAUGGAGUUUGUCAACCUCUACAAGUAACACACACAGUUCUUUUUUUAAAAAAAAAAAAAAAUGUUUUGUCCUUAAAUUAAACUUCAACCAGAAGAGGUCCAAUAUAUGGAGAUAUCUCUGAGCACCAGGGAAGGUUUAUUGAUGGCUGUUUGUUGAAAAGUGGCACAUAAAAAAGCUCCUCAAAUGCACACGUCCCUUCUUCCUACCAUAUUAACGGUCUGUUUUUACGUCUUUGCACUGUAUUUCUGGUUGUUUGUUGGACUUUUGACACUCCUUUACAGUACUACACUUGUUUUGUUGUCUUUAGCCGAAUCAGUCAUUCAGUUUUCUGUCCUGUUUCUUAAAAUUAGGUCCUAUUAGCAGCGAGUCUGCACCAAUCGGACAUCUAGAGUUAGACAGGGCUUGCUUUUCUUUUCAGGUGGUUGUCUCCUAACCACGUGUUGUAAAUCUGAGUAGUGGUCUUCUUCUUCUGUUGUUGUUUUAAAAUGUUUUAUAUAUGCAGCAGACUCAAAUGCACAGUGCCUUUUGUAUUUUUCUAUGUCAUGACACGGAUAAAUUGGAGCCAUGAUUUGUACAAUUCUUUGAUUUUAAAGAAUUUUUGUAACAUUUUAUUUUAUUUUUAUUGAUUAACAAUUGUUAAAUAAACAAUUUUAUUUAACCACA